AUGUCGGGAGCAAACCAAUACAAUUUUCUCGUCGUCUUUUUUGUGACCUUCGGGUCUCUAACUUAUGGAUAUAAUUCGGCCAUCAUAGGAGCGGUCAUCGGUCUGCCGUCCUUCUUCGAGUACUUCAGUAUCGACAUCAAAUCAGAGGAGGGAUCUCGAAUUACUGGAGCAACGAAUGGCCUGUUUGCCGGUGGGGGGAUCAUCGGUUGCUUUUUCAUAACAUGGCUAGCCGACAAGGUCGGCCGGAAGCGAGCAAUACAGAUCACGGCGACCCUCUGCAUUAUAGCAGGUGCUCUUCAAGCUGGAUCGGUCCAUAUUGCCAUGUUUCUGGUUGCUCGGUUUCUUAUGGGUGUGGGUGUCGGCAUGGUCAAUGUCAUCACUCCUCUUUAUCAAUCAGAAAUUUCCCCUGCCAAAACAAGAGGAAGGAUGGUUGGAUCACACGGAUUCAUACUCUGCGUUGGCUAUGGACUUGCAGGUUGGACUGGAUAUGGCUGCUAUUUCCUGUCAAGCCAAGUGGCUCAAUGGCGUCUAUGUCUGGCCCUUCAGAUCGUUCCACCUCUUUGCCUGCUAGUUGGAUCCCCCUGGCUCCCUGAAUCUCCUCGUUACUUGGUGGCGAAUGACCAGCAGGAGAAAGGAUUUACGAUCCUGCAGCGCCUCCAUCACGUUCCUGAAGACGAGGAUGACACCAUAGCCCGUGAGGAACUUUACCAGAUCAGAAAACAAUUGGAUCUUGAACGACAAGAAGGCUGGAGACAGGGUUGGGUCAAGGGAUGGAUCCUCCUGUUUCAAAGGAGAUCCUACAGAAAGCGCCUCCUCUUUGGAUUUCUCCUGCUUGGUUUGGUCCAGUCUACUGGCUGUCUGGUCAUCAACAACUAUCAAGUACUCUUGUACAAUGGUCUCAGUCUGUAUGGGGCAAUGCCUCUCAUGCUCUAUGCCAUUUGGGAUACCUGGGCGGCCUUCAUGAACUUGGUCAACGCGUUACUGCUCGAUAAAGUUGGACGCAUUCCAAUCAUGGUUGUUGGACAGAUUGGCUGUUCCAUUUCCGUGGCCGGUUUCACUGCAUGCCUCGCGAGAUACGGUGGCACGGACAACAAGAUCGGAAACGGGUUCGGAGUUUUCUUCCUCUACCUUUUCGUCACCUUCUUCGGAGGCAGCAUGGACGCCAGUUCCUACGUCUACUCGUCCGAGAUCUUCCCGACCUCGAUCCGUGCCCAAGGCGCCGGAUUCAGUGUCUCUGGCCUCUUUUGCUUCAGCCUAAUCUACACCAUGUGCGCUCCAGUGGCCUUCCGGAAUAUUGGCUGGCGGUAUUAUUUAAUUUUCAUAAUUAUCCCCCUUUUCGGCGCGUCUAUCAUGUAUUUCUUCUACCCCGAAACCAAAGGGUUGGCUCUGGAGGAGAUUGCGGCCAAGUUCGGCGACGAAGUCGCUGUUGACCUGACACAUUUGACAGCGGAAGAGAGAGCGAGGUUAGACAAGAGCCUUGUUAAUGCAGAGGUGGAACAGUUGGAGCAUAAGGCUUAG